UUGCUUAUAAUAAAACUUUUGCAAUAAGUAAUAGGAAAUCAAGAAUAAAUGUCAGAUUUUCUCUUUCUGUAUUGUCAUCAAGAUUUUGCAACUGUAAUGUUGUGUGUUGACUUUGGGCCUGCAAUAGGCUGUUGUUUGGAUACUACUAAACUUAAUGCUUCCUAUACCAUUUAAGUGCGUCUGUUUGGUUAUGGAUUUUAAAGCUGAAUGCACACCAUGGUACGUUUAAUUCUUAGAUUUCUGAGCUAAAAGUAAUUUUUUAUAAGAAUAUAAACUUAAUUUUUUACUUAUAAGUCAAGUGAAAUAAAAUUUUUAUUUAAUAAUAUUAAUAACUGUUUUAUUGUUGUUGUUUUCCAACUAAAAAUAUGAACAGAUAUUUUAUUUACGUUUAAUUUUCUUGGCCGUGAAAAAAGGUUUUCUUAAAGCACGAUGUGUAAAUGUUGCGUUGUAAUUCAGAAAAAAUAUACAAUUUGAAAGGUGUCUAUUUUACAUUAUGGCAUCUGUAAGAAAUAAAGCCAAUGUUGGUGCAACAAUGACCAUUGCUGGCACACAGUUUGUUAUUGCAGUUUUAACCUUUGCACUGGGCAUAGUUGCAAGAGUAGAAUUCAACGAGAAUUAUUGGGUUAAUAUAUCUUAUGGAGGCAUAUGGUCUGCUGUGUUUAUUGGAUUUGCUGCUGUUUUUAGCUUUUUGUCUUCUGUAAAACCUAAUUCGCCACAAAUUAAUAUAGCGAACCUAAUAUUCUCCCUUCUUGCCACCGCUUCCGCUGUAUUUAAUGGCAUCUUAUCUACAAUCGCACUACGUUUUCACACAAUUUGCUACAAUGCAGAAGACACUUAUUCUAAUAACAGUUUUAAUAAGAAUGCAGUGGACUAUGAAUUAUGCAGCAGUCACCACACUUAUUCUGUUGAAGUCUAUGGUCUCUUAACGACUUUCAUGGUUAUUGAAUUUUUUGUGGCUUUGGGAGCAGUCGUGUUAUCCUGUCAAUCGGGUAAUUGUUUACCAUCUGCUGAAGGAGCAAUCAAUGCACAGCGCCAAUACGGCCGAAACUCCGAAAAUGUUACUUACUUGAAACCCUGAAUAAAAAAAAAGUUCUUAAGAAAAUUAAAAACUCAUUCAUAAUCCCUUAUUUACUUUGCUUUCACCUAUUAUGGUAUUUGACACCAUUUACGAUAUCCAUUUUCAUGUCGGUGCCAUACAAUUUACCCUCUUGUUUAUUUGAAAAAUGUUGUCUUUCCCCUUCUUCUAUUUUCUAUUGUUUCUUUGUUAUAUCAUUCGUAUCAUUCAUAUCAUUUUUAUUUUAUUUUUGUGACUAGUCUAUUCCUGCGUAAAGUUAGGUUAAAACAUUUUUUGUGUGUUUCGUAAAAUUUUGGUUAAUCCCAGAUGCUUUUUUGUGUGUUUUUAAAAUUUCUUUUUAAUGCUAGCAGAUUUUCUGUUUUAGUGUGUUUAAUUUUAAUUCUUUUUCUUAGUCACAACCGAUUUUUUUUUUUUUUUGCUUGAAAAUAAACUUCUUCAAUUAAAAGAAUUUCUUUUAAACUUCUUUGCACAUAAUGUAAAUGCAUUAUUUAAUCAUUUGAAAAUGGACUUGUUGUUGUUGUUUUUUUAGAUUGAAGGAUUUAUUUAUAUUUUUUAUGCACAUAAUGUAAUACUAUUUUUAAGCAUUUGAAAAUGAUUUUUUUUUUUUUUUUUUUUUAAUUAAAGAAUUUUUUUGAUAUUUAAUGCACUUAUUGUAAUGCAUUAUUUAAGCAUUUGAAAAUGUUUUUUUUUUUUUUUUAAUUAAAGAAUUUUUUUGAUAUUUAAAUGCACUUAAUGUAAUGCAUUAUUUAAGCAUUUGAAAAUGGACUUCUUGUUGUUGUUUUUUUAGAUUGAAGGAUUUAUUUAAAUUUUUUAUGCACUUAUUGUAAUGCAUAUUUAAAGCAUUUGAAAAUGAUUUUUUUGUUUUCAAUUAAAAUAAUUUUUUUUUUAAUAUUUUUAUGCACUUAUUGUAAUGCAUAUUUAAAGCAUUUGAAAAUUAUUUUUCUGUUUUCAAUUAUUUUUAUGCACUUAUGGUAAUGCAUUAUUUAAGCAAAUGAAAGUGAACUGUUUUUUUCGAAAUGCACAUACUUUCAUACAUCAUAUGAGAGUUUAAAUAUUUUUUUGUAAAAUAAGGGGCCAUUAUAAUAUAGAAAGACUUCAUUUAUCAAGGGUGCACAAUAACACAAUUUUAGGGAUCGUAAGAAGGCGGUUUUUUAGGAUGUGUGAUUUGUUUAUUAGAAAUGAAGAGUUGUCAGGCAAUAUUUUCGGCUUUGGGUUUGACUUCUUGUUUUUACCAAUGCCCUGUGAAAUUUAUUCUGCUUUUAAAGUGUCUAAGGAAAUACCUCAUGAGAGGAAUACUUCAUGAAACUCCUCAUUUGGAUCUAACGGCCACUGUUUAAAAGUUCUGGAUUACACCCUGAUUUUUUUGUGAGAAAGGCUUAUUAUUUCAUGCAUUACAAUAGGAGAUAUUAUAGACAUAAAAAUAGCAGCAUUUCUUGUGAUAAUAACUGGAUUAUUGUUUCGGGAAUAGCUACAAAGGUCGAUCUUCAGUAGACAGAAUAUUCCGUACGGAGAGUUGAUUGUAAUUUUAGGUGACAGAAAUUUUGGACGGCCAAGAUUUGAGUGACUAGUCAAUUGAAUAUUUAGCCCCAAUUUUUUCGCUUAUUUAUUUUAUUAGUAAGAAUUUUAUUGCCUCACUUCUAAAUUAGCAGAUGCAUCGAAUUUAUUUGUCUGUCCAAAUAAUUUUGAACAGUCUGAAAAAAACAGGGGAGACAAAUUUUUACUAGGAUGAAGAUGCUUACUCUUUACAAUUUUUAUAUUUUUUAUAUAUUUUUAUAUUAUUUUAUAUAUUUUUAUAUUAUUUUAUAUUUUUAUAUUAUUUUAUAUUUUUUUAAUAUUUAUUAUUUAAAAUAACUAUUUUUAAAUAAAAAACAGGGUUAGCAUUUUAUUAUUUUCGUUCUUCAAAUGUUUUUAUCAUGUAAGGAUGCGAUGUAAAUUUUAGUUUCAGGAGUUUGUUCAGUUUUUUAUUUUAUGCAGAGAAAAGAGGUUAAUGAUCUGA